UGAUCUAAAUCAGUGCAGUUCUUGGGAUUGAAGGAAAAGGCUCCACUCUUAAUGACAGAGCAGAAAAAAAAGGCCCCACGCCGGGGACGAAGCCCGGAGGCCAUGGAGGAGAGGGUGUGAGGAUCUCCCACCUCCAGGACUCCGGGUGCUGGGCAGCGCCGUGUCCCUUUCCCACCCUCCAGGAGAGUAAAGCCUUGCGAGCAGUGCUGAGUAAGGGAGACACAAGGAAAGACGCCUGCAUGAAGACUGAGCUGCUGAAAGACAUCACCAACAAUAAAGAGGAAGGGUUUAAUGCCAUGGCUGCAGAUGAAAGUGCUACAGAAAAGCCAACGGGGGAACCAAAAAUGGCAGUAGAUGGGGAAACCAAUGGUUCCUGUGAGCACAGUGAAGCUGGGAGCCACCCAAACCCAGCUAAAACCACUCAGGACAACACGAAAGCGAGCCAGCAGGACUCUGGUACUAAGUUAAAUAGGAUAGCAGAAAAUGGCAUUUCUGAACGAGAUGGUGAGACUGGGAAGCAGAACCAUCUGAAAGCUAAUGACUUCACACAGACUUCUGUCACAGGGAGCAAUGGAUAUAUCCUAACCAAGCAGAUGGCACAGGAGCAGCCUCUAAGGACUACCAGCACCUUUGCUUCUCUCACCGGCCAUGCUGCAAAAACCCUUCCAGGAGGAGGAAGCAAAGGGAGAACUCUGGGCUCCUUUUCCCAGCUGCCUGCCACCAUGCCAGCCAAGCUCGGGGAGGGCAGCAAGGACAUGGAUGCUAAAAAAGCCACAGCUGCUAACACUGAAGUCAAGGUCCACAGAGCACGGAAGACGAUGCCUAAGCCCACGCCCAGCCUGGAGUUUCUUCCUGAAUUGGGAUCGAAGCUGAAUCUGAAGCAGCAUGCAAGUAAAGACCCCAAAGAUGGGAGAGACAGCAGAGAUCAAAAAGAUUCCAAGGAGGAAGGCAACAAAAACAUCUUGGAGUUUGGGAAGCCGUUGCCAUUGCCCUCUCUCCCAGGCCUUCACCAGUCACUACCUCAGAACCAGAGCUAUGUGGCCACCACGAAGUCGCAGACAGCUGCUGCAGUAUCUCGGAAGAAAAAACGGAGAAUGGGAACCUAUAGCCUGGUUCCCAAGAAAAAGACCAAAGUGUUAAAACAGAGAACAAUGAUUGAGAUGUUCAAGAGCAUAACUCAUUCCUCUGUGGGUGCCAAGAGUGACAAGGACCUGGGUGAUGCCAGCCCUCACGUGAAUGGGGAAAGCAUUGAUGUAGACUCUGAAGAGGAAGACUCUGAUGAGUUGGAAGAGGAGGAUGAUCAUGGAGCAGAGCAGGCAGCUGUGUUUCCUGCAGAUGAGAACAGGGCCUCUAAAGACAGUGCAUCUGAUGCAGACAAUGCCAGAAAGAUUGAUGAUGGUGAGUCUGAGGAGGAACAGGAGUCUGGAGAGUCUAUGGAGGAGGAGGAAGAUGGAGACGAGUCCGACCUGGUCCAUCCCAGUGCUGUCAGGUGGCUCUUUAGGUGCAAGAGCUCAGAGUCCAGCAUCAAGAAGAAGCUGCUGAAGAGGAAAGGGAAGAUGGACAGUCCCUGGCUGAAACCCACCCGCAAGAGGAGACGGAGGAAUAAAAAGAAACAAGCUGGUUUGCUAGGUGCUGAAGCCUAUAAACCAUCUUUGGGAGGCAGGGAAGGGCCUGGCCAGGAGAACAGCAUGGAGUACAUGGAGGUGUCCCUGGAUUCCCUGGAUCUCCGGGUGAAGGGCAUCCUCUCCUCGCCGGCAGGAGGUCUUUCCAAUGGUCCUGAAGCAAUGGAAGUGGAUGGUCUGCAGGAAGUGCCCCUCUGCAGCUGUCGAAUGGAAACCCCCAAGAGCAGAGAGAUCACCACGUUAGCCAACAACCAGUGCAUGGCCACAGAGAGUGUGGAUAAUGAGCUGGGUCGAUGCACAAACAGUGUGGUGAAGUACGAGCUGAUGCGCCCGUCUAACAAAGUCCAGCUGCUGGUGCUGUGUGAGGACCACAGAGGCAGGAUGGUGAAACACCAGUGUUGCCCUGGCUGUGGAUACUUUUGCACUGCAGGCACUUUCAUGGAGUGUCAGCCGGAGAGCAGCAUCUCCCACCGGUUCCACAAGAACUGUGCCUCCCAGGUCAAUGACAUGAGCUACUGCCCACACUGUGGGGAAGAGGCCUCCAAGGCAAAGGAGGUGACAAUAGCAAAAGCAGACACAACCUCGACGGUGUCACUGACCUACGAGCAGCAGAAACCAGCAGCUGUGGAAGGAAGGGCUGACACCACAACAGGGAGUGGCACUGGGACACGGUUGUCAGAGGAAGAUAAGCCAGAAAGUUCAGCAGCUGAAGGGUUUGACAUGGCUGGGUCUUCAGUUUUUCCAAAGCCUACUACUAGUCUGACCCAGGGACCAGUUAAAGAAACUCUGGAAAGUGCCCUGAUUGCUCUGGACUCCGAAAAACCCAAGAAGCUGCGGUUCCAUCCCAAGCAGUUGUACUUCUCUGCGAGGCAAGGAGAGCUGCAGAAAGUUCUGCUUAUGCUGGUGGAUGGAAUUGACCCUAAUUUUAAAAUGGAGCAUCAGAAUAAGAGAACCCCUCUCCAUGCUGCUGCUGAGUCUGGCCACGUGGACAUCUGCCAUAUGCUGAUUCAGGCUGGUGCUAAUAUUGACACCUGCUCUGAAGACCAGAGGACCCCACUGAUGGAGGCAGCAGAAAACAACCAUCUGGAAACUGUGAAAUACCUUAUCAAGGCUGGAGCACUAGUAGAUCCUAAGGAUGCAGAGGGCUCCACAUGCCUGCACUUGGCUGCCAAGAAGGGGCACUAUGAUGUUGUUCAGUAUCUCCUCUCCAAUGGGAAGAUGGAUGUCAACUGCCAGGAUGAUGGAGGUUGGACGCCGAUGAUCUGGGCCACUGAGUACAAGCACAUUGAGCUGGUGAAGCUGCUGCUGGCAAAGGGCUCAGACAUCAACAUCCGUGACAAUGAGGAAAACAUUUGUUUGCACUGGGCUGCGUUUUCUGGCUGUGUUGAUAUAGCAGAGAUCCUGCUGGCUGCUAAGUGUGAUUUACAUGCUGUCAACAUCCACGGGGACUCACCCCUGCACAUUGCAGCCAGGGAGAACCGCUACGAGUGUGUGGUUCUCUUUCUUUCCCGGGGCUCGGAUGUCACUUUAAAGAACAAGGAGGGAGAGACUCCACUCCAGUGCUCCAGCCUUAACUCUCAGGUCUGGGUGGCCCUGCAGAUGAACAAGACUCUCAAGGAAUCAUCUACUGAGAAGCCUGUCCAGAUAGAUAAGGUUGUGAACAGAGACAUUGCUCGGGGCUAUGAGAGGAUCCCUAUUCCCUGCAUCAACUCAGUGGACAGUGAGCCUUGUCCUAGCAACUACAAGUAUGUGUCACAGAACUGUGUCACCUCCCCCAUGGACAUCGAUAGAAACAUCACUCAUUUACAGUAUUGUGUGUGUAUAGAUGACUGCUCCUCCAGUAACUGCAUGUGUGGCCAGCUCAGUAUGCGCUGCUGGUAUGAUAAGGAUGGACGACUCCUGCCUGAGUUCAACAUGGCUGAGCCACCCCUGAUCUUUGAGUGUAACCAUGCCUGCUCCUGCUGGAGAACCUGCAGGAACCGUGUGGUGCAGAACGGGCUCAGGACUCGGUUGCAGCUUUACCGGACACAGAAGAUGGGUUGGGGUGUGAGGACAAUGCAGGACAUUCCACCAGGAACCUUUGUGUGCGAGUAUGUUGGUGAGCUGAUAUCUGAUUCUGAGGCAGAUGUCCGUGAAGAGGACUCCUACCUCUUUGACCUUGACAACAAGGACGGGGAGGUGUACUGCAUCGAUGCCCGUUUCUAUGGCAACAUCAGCCGCUUCAUAAACCACCUCUGUGAGCCAAACCUCAUCCCCGUGAGGGUCUUCAUGUCCCACCAGGACCUCCGCUUCCCCAGGAUUGCCUUCUUCAGCACCAGGCACAUAGAAGCUGGAGAAGAAAUUGGCUUUGACUACGGUGACAGGUUCUGGGACAUCAAAGGCAAAUAUUUCAGCUGUCAGUGUGGUUCACCCAAGUGCAAACACUCGAGCUCAGCUCUGGCCCAGCGGCAGGCGAGCACCUCCUCCUCCUCCUCUUCCUCCCAGGACACACAGGAGAACGGGCUCCCUGACACCAGCUCUGCCACCACGGCACCCGGCCCCUUCUGAGCCUCUGCCCCCACAGACUGACUUCUUUUAGCCCCAUAGAUUCACAGACUGUCUGGAUUUCCAUUUCAAGAAAGGAAAAAAAACCAACAAAAACCAACCCCCCCAAAAAACCCAAACAAACAACAACAAAAAACCAACAACAACAACAAAACUUAAAACAAGCAAACAAAAACCCAACCCGCCCGCUCAUGGAAAGCCAAGGGUUUGUAAUGCUUCAGGCUGUGCCUCCGACUGUUACUGAGGAAUAAGUAGAAGCAAACCCCACCUCUGGGGUGUCCUCCUCCCCUCCCGGGUGCUGGGAAGCUGCUGCUGCUGCUGCUUUUCACAGUUGCAUGUGGAGGGGUGGCUGUUGCAGUUUGGGGUUUUUGUUUUCUUUUGCUGUUUUCCAUCCCUGACCUCCGUUCUCUUCACGUUGCCAGAGCCAGGGGAGAGCUCACCCAUCCUCCCAACGUUGUUCAUGGAAUGGAUCCCUCAUGCCAAGUCAUCUCCAGUUCACUUGUAAUAAACUUUGAGUACUUGAUGGGAUUUCCUUUCUCCAAGCCUGGGGGGAGCAGGGAGGGGGAAGGGAGGUGCUGGCCUUGAGCUUUGCUUGGCACAGCCCCGGGGCAGGUUCUGCUGGUUGGUUUUUGUUGCUUUGUUUGGUUUGUUGGUUGCUUUAAGGCAUGAAUUUUCUCUCCCAAGACAUUGCAGUGGGGCCUUUCCCUAGGAGCUGGAGGACAUUUCUAACAAACACCCUCUCCUUGCUCCCAAACCCACCGACUUUUUCCUCUUUCCAGUGAGAAGAAACUCACGGUCCUUACAAAGCCCUUUGGUCCUUGGCUCUCAGCUGAGCCAAGCAGAGGCUCUUCCCCUGGGCUCCUGCUCCCUCCAGGGUUCUCUCCAUCACCAACCAGCUCAGCCCCAUGACCCUCAGUGUUCAAUUCACCCCUGGAAGGAUUUUCCCUCUCUCCGUCGCAUUGGUGGUUUCAGAGAGGGGAGGUUUGAAGGGGAUUGUGCAAGACACUAACUUCUGAAGAAGAGCAGUUUUUCUCUCUUUUUUAAAAAAAAAAAAAAUAAAGUGGAUGAUAUAUAUAUUAUAGAGAACCUCGACUCAUGGCCACGGGCUGGGGCAGCAGCAGCCAGGACCUGGCACAGUGAGAAGAUCCCAGAUGCCACCAGCUCGUCCCUUCCCAUCACUUCUCCCAACGCUGGGCACCUUCGAUUGAUUUUUAAGCCACAUGCUAUGAGGUUUCAAUAAACUGAUUUAUUUUUUACCAUUACUGAACCAUUGGGGACUUAGC